UUUGUGAUGACGCGAGGUAUUGAUUGACGGCUGGAUGGAGGCUCUGAACUAGUAGACAUGUCUUCGCUGGGGAUGGAGGGGUCCGAGGAGGCGCAGACCCUCUCCGGGGACCCUCUGUCUCUCCCCUGGGACCGCUUUUCUUCGUGGCUGCACUGCAUCUGUGUGGUGGGCUUCGAUCUGGAGUUGGGCCAGACUGUGGAGGCUUUGUAUCCUCCCCACGUCAAAUUAACUGACAAGGAGAAAACCAGCAUCUGUUACCUGUCGUUCCCUGAUUCUAAUUCUGGCUGCCUGGGAGACACACAAUUCUGCUUCAGGUUCCGACAGUCGGGAAGGAAGUCUUCUCUGCAUUGUGUCCUGGAUCAGAUGGACAGAGACUCUCCUGUGUAUUUAAAGAAAGAUCCCGCCUGUUUCUAUGGUUAUGUCUAUUUCCGCCAAGUCCGAGACAAGACGUUGAAAAGAGGUUAUUUCCAAAAGUCCUUAGUUUUGAUAAGUAAGCUGCCGUACAUCAAUUUCUUCCACACGGUGGUGAAGCAGAUCGCCCCGGAGUACUUUGAGAGGAACGAUCCGUGCUUGGAAGCAGCUUGCAGUGAAAUAGACCGGUGGCCUCCGCCUGUGCCAGGGAAGACUUUGCUUUUGCCGAUCAUGGGGCUUGUAAUAAAGGUGCGGAUUCCGACGCGUCACGACAAACCAGGGACAACACAAUUGGUGGAGAUGACACCGCAGAAUGAUGCACAGAUCUCGGUGUCAUUACCAACCAUCCAUGAAGUCGAUCUGUUCAGGUGCUUCUUACCGGUCUUCUUCCAUAUUCAGCUGCUUUGGGAACUUGUGUUAUUGGGGGAACCACUUGUAGUCAUGGCCCCGUCGCCAUCACAGUCUUCAGAGACGGUACUGGCUCUUGUGGGGUGCAUUUCUCCGUUGAAAUACUGCAGCGAUUUCAGACCCUACUUCACCAUCCACGACGCAGAAUUCAAAGAGUACACAACCCGCACACAGGCACCACCGUCCGUUAUCUUCGGCGUCACCAAUCCAUUUUUUGCUAAAACUCUGCAGCACUGGCCGCAUAUAAUCCGCAUUGGGGAUGUGAAACUGGCAGGAGACGUGCCCAAACAGGUCAAAGUAAAGAAACUGAAGACACUAAAGACCUUGGAUUCAAAGCCCGGGGUGUAUAGCUCUUAUAAGCCGUAUCUGAACAAAGACGAGGAAAUAAUCAAGCAGUUGCAGAAGGGAGUUCAGCAGAAGCGCCCGUCAGAAGCGCAGAAUGCGAUCCUCAGACGUUAUUUCUUAGAGCUGACUCAGAGCUUCAUCAUUCCUCUGGAACGCUAUGUGGCCAGCCUGAUGCCUCUACUGAAGAGCAUCUCUGCAUGGAAGGGUCCUCCACAGCUUAAACCCUUCAGUCAGGAGGAGUUUAUGAAGACGUUAGAGAAGACCGGACCUCAACUUACUUCUCGGUUAAAAGGAGACUGGAUCGGCCUGUACAGACAUUUUUUGAGAUCACCCAACUUUGACGGCUGGUUUAGAGCUCGCAGAAAAGAAAUGAUGCAGAAGCUGGACGCUCUACAGCUAGAAGCACUUUGUAACGAGGAUUUGCUCAUCUGGGUGCAGAAACACACGGAAGUGGAAUCUGUGGAUUUGGUGUUAAAGCUUAAAAAUAAACUGGCCUUCGCACGGAAAGAGCUGCUCCCUGUAAGUACAGAGACGUUACAGAAGCUACAAGGACAGGUGGACACCAUCAUUCUGGAACUGCCUGAAGACUUGCAAGAGAUCUUGCUGAAAACCACCAGCUCAUGACUCGCGUGGGGUCAAGGCAAUAAGACAUUGAAGAACUGAAUGAGUCCGGCAUUCUACAGCCAGGCAUCAUUCAGUACUAUGGUGACUCCACCAUAGGUCAGUGCCCUGCAGGUCCUCCAGGUGUGAGGCUGGAGGCCUCUUUACUACUGUACCUACAGCAGAAUCCAUAGCUGAUAUUUUUAUAAUGUUGUGCUACAGACUCAUUUGUGGACACAGAGGAAAGCGAAAUCAUGUCUGACCAUGAAAUAUUAGUGAAAUCUGAAUCAUGAAAUUUUUAAGACCUUCCUUUCCAAGAGGGAAAGCGAGAGCUUUGUUACCAGCUUUAUGCACUUAAAGGGGUCCCGGGACUUUAAUAUUGAUUGCCUGUUGUUAGCAUAGAUCAUGAAUAUUAGAUUGGUGGGUGUCCGAACCCUGGGGCCCCAGCUAAUCACCUGUUUGCAGGGGCCACAGUGCUUGGGACCAGGCACAGCUCUGGUCUGGAUACUGCAGCUUUCAAGAGGAACGGAUAUCAACAUGCGGCAUUAACUCCUUGUCCACUUUUGUGUUUUUUUUUUUUACCAAUUGAGAUAUUGGGGUUCUAUAGUCUGCGUGCAUAACGUCUAAGUACACUAAGCUAAAAUCUGAUCAGGGUAGUCAGUUACCCCACUAGUAGUGCCUAUAGUCACAUAUAAAAGCAUGUGACUGGAUACCAAAAAGGUAGACCGGGCAUCAUUCUGGAUCUCCUGUCCACUCUCCUCACACUUUUUUGGAGAAAGAGCUUGUGAUCCCCAUGACGUAACCAUUCUGGGGCAUCUUUUCUUCAGAGUCUGUGUUGUGCUGUUCCUCCUGUUAUUCUUCCUGGACACGUAUGACUAACGGUCCAUUCACACGUCCGUGGUGUAUUGCGGAUCCGCAAUACACCCGGCCGGCACCCCCAUAGAACUGCCUAUUCUUGUCCGCAAUUGCGGACAAGAAUAGGACAUGUUCUAUUUAUUUAUUUAUUUUUUCGGAGCCGGAGACCGGAAGUUCUGGGUUGCGCUCUGGAAAUGCGGAUGUGGACAGCACACUGUGUGCUGUCCUCAUCCAU